AUGGUUGAGAACAAAAGACAAGCGGCUCUCGAAGCCGAGAUAACGAACAUGGCUAACAAAGCCACAUAUAGUGAAAUCUGUAAUGCAGGACCAGGGGAGUUCUUUAAACCAAAACCCCCUGACGAACAAGUAUCUGUGGAACAAGCAGAACAGAGAUUGGACGCCAUCUACGACGAAGAGCCUCUAGGAUUUGAAAAGGAUCCAGUAACGUCAAGUGCAAAGAUGUUAGUGCAAGAUCCUCUCGAAGAGAUUGAUCUCGGAGAUGGAAGUGCAAAAAUAAUUACCUACAUCAUCGCUAAACUGGACCCCAAGUUGAAAGUGAGAGUUAUUGAAUUACUAAGAAAGAACAAAGAUUGCUUCGCUUGGGAUUACGACGAGAUGCUUGGUUUGAAGAGGGACCUGGUCGAAUUAAAGCUGCCUAUAAAGGAUGGCAAGAAGCCCUUCAAGCAGACUCCAAGAAGAUUCGCACCAGAAAUCCUCACGAAGAUCAAAAAAGAGGUCGAAAGACUUCUUCGUUGCAAUUUCAUCAAGACCACAAGGUACGUCGAUUGGAUUGCUAAUAUUGUCCCCGUUAUCAAGAAAAGUGGCUCUUUGCGAGUAUGUAUAGACUUUUGUGAUCUAAAUGCAGCAACCCCUAAGGAUGAGUACCCAAUGCAUGUGGCAGAAAUGUUGGUUGACUCAGCCGCAUGCUAUGAGUAUCUCAGCAUGCUUGAUGGAUAUUCUGGCUAUAACCAGAUUUUCAUUGCAGAAGAAGAUGUUUCUAAAACAGCUUUUCGAUGUCCAGGGGCAAUAGGCACUUAUGAGUGGAUAGUCAUGCCUUUUGGCCUAAAAAAUGUUGGGGCAACAUACCAGCAAGCAAUGAAUUCUAUAUUUCAUGAUUAUAUAGAGACAUUCAUGCAAGCUGGAGAUUUUCUGGGCUUUGUGGUCCAUAAAAAGGGGAUAGAGAUCAAUCAGAACAAGACGAAGGCUAUCAUGGAGACCAAAGCACCAUCAACCAAAAAAGAAUUGCAAUCAUUAUUAGGAAAGAUAAACUUCCUAAGAAGAUUCAUCUCGAAUUUAAGUGGUCGAACUCAAGCCUUCUCUCCCCUUCUGCGCUUGAAACAAGGGAAGUUCGAAUGGAAUGACGAACACCAAAAGGCAUUCGACAAGAUCAAACAUUAUCUGACGAAUCCUCCUAUCUUGGUACCACCAUGUGGAAAGAAGCCUAUGAGACUGUUACUCAAAAAAUUCGAAUACGUCGACAUAAAACAUGUCCCUAGAAUAAAAAACCAAGAGGCUAAUGACUUAGCACAAAUAGCCUCAGGGUAUAAAAUUUCAAAAGAAAAGCUAGAAGAACUUGUCGAAGUAAGAGGAAAGGCAAUGGCUGCCAGAUUAUCUCCGACAGAUUUGGAAAGCACCCAGUUAGGAUAUGCUAACAAAAAGGAGUUUGAAAUAUUGGCCAUUGAUACCUUGAUAGAUACAAAUUGGAGGAAUCCAAUUAUUAAUUAUCUCAAGGACCCGUCGACAGACACAGAAAGAAAAACCAAGUACAGGGCUUUAUCUUACGUAUUGAUAGGGAAUGAAUUAUUCAAGAAAACCCCUGAAGGGAUCCUGUUGAAAUGCUUAGGAGAAAGCGAAGCUUACUUGGCGUUAUCUAGUGUACAUAGUGGAGCUUGUGGAGCACAUCAGGCAGGCCAUAAGAUGAAAUGGUUGCUUUUCAGAUAUGGAAUGUAUUGGCCCACCAUGUUAAAAGAUUGUAUAGAGUUUGCUAAGGGUUGCCAAGAAUGUCAAAUACAUGCAGGAACUCAACAUGCUCCUCAUGUAGGAAAAAAGCCAAAAAAUUGGCACAAAACUUUAGACCAAGCACUCUGGGCUUGUCAAACCUCCCCUAAAGAAGCCACUAACACUACACCUUUCCAGCUUACAUUUGGACAUGAUGCAGUACUACCUAUCGAAGUCUACUUGCAAUCAGUAAGAAUCCAAAGACAAGGAGAAAUUCCAUCUGAUUUAUACUGGGAAAUGAUGAUAAAUGAGCUGGUGGAUUUGGACGAAGACAGGUUACAUGCGUUAGAAGUAUUAAGAAGACAGGGGGAGAGGGUAGCAAGGGCAUACAAUAAGAGGGUCAAAGGUAAAACCUUUACCAUGAAUGAUUUAGUGUGGAAGGUCAUAUUGCCUAUGGAUCGAAAGAAUAAGGCAUUAGGGAAAUGGUCUCAACAUUGGGAAGGACCUUUUCGAAUUCUAAAAGCCUUUUCAAACAAUGCAUACGAAAUAGAAGAACUAGAAGAGGAUCGAAGAAUCCUAAAAGUAAAUGGAAAAUACUUAAAGAAGUAUAAACCAUUUAUGCACGAAGUUAGAAUCAUAACAGUAAGUAAAAAACUGUCAUGGCCAAAAUGGUGA